AUUACUUCCCCCCUUCUCCAACCUCUCGCGCUUAUAUUGUAAUACCUCGAUCGAUACUAUGGCCGCGGCCGGCAACGUCCAGAACCUGUCAAACAUGUCCCACGACCAUAUCCUGAGUCUAAUUAAACCUACCCAUGAUCAUCAUGGUGAGGAAAAGCCUGAUUAUGUCGACCCUCUUUUGGGUGUCGUCGGAAACAUUCUUAAGCGUACCAGCCAUGUUAUUGAUAAUCUUGUGAGGGGUACCAAACCACAAGAAGAACGCCUGGAGGAAAAGGUGCCCAAAUAUGCCAGCUUCCCUUCACCGACGUGCAUGCUCAAAACUCUUUCCAGCGAGAUGGCGUGCAAGGCCCCCGCUGAUGCGCAUACGCACGCUACAACCAUGUCAAUACUGGGGAAACUCUCAAAGUAUUCAUGGGAUACCAAGGCAGUGCUGACAAUUGCGGCCUUUGCUAUGGAGUAUGGGGAUUUCUUGCUGCUUGUUAGUCUUAACUCAUCACAUGAUCAACUCGCUGAAUCGGUGGGGAUCCUGAAACGGGCACCUGCUAUGUUAAAUCACUUGGGCAGUAAGAAAUUCAAGGAUGCGAUAGUUGAGCUUGACGGUCUGAUCAAGAACACAUUGAAAGUCAUCGAGUCCAUCUUUGCGUUUGAGAAGUUAUAUUUUAAAUACUGUAGCUAUGAUACAGAGGAUGUAACUGAACUGUCAACUGCCAUGAAACGUAUCCCCGUGGAUGUCUAUUGGGCUAUCAUAACAAUUGCAGCUUGCACCACUCAGAUGCGUUAUUGCAUUAGUGGCGAUGAGGUAAACAAACAGCAACUAUCGCGCUUUCAUGAGAAAAUCACCACCACCCUCCAGUUCCUGAAGACCCAGGAAGAACUCUGCCAAAUUGAAAUAGACUCACUGGAAGCUAGAAAAGAACUCAGAAAACUCUCACAAGCGCCCAGCGGGAUCGUGAAGCUUCUCAAGGCGUUGAUCUUCCGCAAGCAUGCUGUGCAUGAGCCGCUAAUAAUUGAAGGUUGUUCCAAAGUUGAGAUCAAAAGAGUUGACAUUAACGACCUGGAAAACAAGAAUGUUUUGCUGUUCAUUUCAGGCCUGGACAUUUCCAUUGACGACAUCUCGAUUUUGAACCCAAUUUAUGAUGAAAUAGUGAAGAAAGAUGAGUAUAAAAUACUGUGGAUCCCAAUUGUGGACAGAUGGACCGUUGACCUAAAGAACAAAUUUGAAAAGCUGAGGCUUAUGAUGAAGUGGUACACAGUGAAAUACUUUUCACCCAUAGUAGGCAUAAAGUUCAUUUCGAAGGAUUGGAAAUAUCAGAAGAGGUCGAUGCAGGUCCUGCAGAUAAACUCACAAGGGAGUGUGGAAUACCUCAACUUAGUCCACAGGAUUCAGCUUUGGGGAGGGAAGGCCUUCCCUUUUAACAAGCCAAUUUCGAUAGACAAUUGGAUGGGAGACUUAAUCGUUGGCAUCAACCGGCCAGAUCAAUCACCGCUUGUGAUCGACGAGAACAAGUACUUUUUCUUGUAUGGAGGCAAGUGCAAGGAGUGGGUCCAAAGAUUCAAUAAGAAAGCAAUCGACAUGGCUAAAGAUCCGAUCAUCAGGAAUAUUUCGAAGAUUCCCAUAUUAGAGUCGUUUUGUGUGGGAAAGGACAGCGGUUGGGAGGACGACCACCGCAUCCUAGGGCGUUUCUGGAACAAAGUCGAAAGCCUUUUCUUGAUCAUUAAUACUACUGGAAAUUUGAAGACCGUACGGAAUCACGCUGUGACGUCGAAUGAAAUUCGGAAGUUGUUUUCCUACAAAAAUGAAAAAGGAUGGGCUGUGCUUUGCAAAGGGUCUAGCGUGGUUCUGGCUGGUCAUUGGGAAAUCAUUGAUAGGGUCGUGGAUGACUUUAACAAAUGGAAAGUGUAUGUGCGUGAUCGUGGCUUGGAACAUACCAUCACACAGCACCAUGUCAAUAUUAAAAAGGAAGUUCCACAGCCCUGCUGUCGCGUUGACAUUUCCAUGGGUGCUGGACAUGCCUUCCCUGAUGAUUUAACUUGCCCUUACUGUAACCACUCCAUGGAGACCUAUAAGAGCUUCAUGUGCUGCCACACUGUCGAUGCCGAUGCCAUGAACGGAGGCUCUAGAUGAUCAUCAUCAUUACCGAUUAAUAUUCUGCCAAAUAACACGUGCCUCGGCCUCCCAUAGUGAUCUAUCUUUGUCACCGGCCGGCCGCCAGUACUCUUGUGUAAUAAAGGGCAUCUAGAUUGCGUCGGUAAUCUGAUGCCAAAGUGUUUGUGUGUUAAUGCUUUUAUGUUCAUGGAGGGCGUCUUUGUUAUGAUUAUGGAUGCAUGGCAUUCCCUUUUUUUUUUUGUUUUGCUCUAGCUUUCCAUAUCGCUUUGUAUUGAUCUGUUUGUGUUCUUUCAUCAAAAAAUGAGGAAAAAUAAAACUGUCUUAACCUAUCUCAUUUCAUAU